ACGGUCAUAGUGAACGGACGUGUGUGGUGAUUGUGUAACAUAAUAUUUUGUUGUGAUAAUUAAAAAAAAUAUCAAGAUGUCAGUACUACGAGCAAUUGCAGUGUUUUUGUGCGGUUUUCUGUCUCUAAGGCUAUGCAGAGCACAGAUCAUUAUGCCAGGAUCCUGUCCCGACAUGAAAGCUUUGGACAACUUCGAUGCUACACGAUAUACGGGCAGGUGGUAUGAGGCUGAAAAAUAUUUCUUCUUAUUCGAAUUUGGAGGCAAGUGCGUCACCGCCGACUACACUCUGAGGGAGAACGGAGUCGUUGGAGUAGUCAACAAGCAAAUUAAUGUUUUGUCGGGAACAGAGACCGAGAUCAAAGGACAGGCGACUCAAGUGAGCAGAUCGGACGAGGCCAAGUUGGCGGUGUCCUUCCCGUCUUUACCCGUGAACGUCGAAGCCCCCUACUGGGUGAUUGACACUGACUACGACUCGUACGCCGUUGUAUGGAGCUGUUACGAAUUUGGACUCUUCCAUACAUUGAAUGCAUGGAUCUUGACAAGAGAAAGGAACCCACCAGUUGAAGUUAUGGAGAAGGCGUAUUCAGUACUGGACAAGAACCACAUCAGCCGAGCGUACCUUAUCAGGACGAACCAGCGUGAUUGCACAGAAACGAGCUAAAACUAAUUUUAGUUUUACACAUUGAAAG